CUCCUUCUCCUUCCUCCCGCUUCUCCGGCCGAAAACAUAGCUGCAACAAUUUUGGAAUUUUUAAAAAGGUGGCGUUAUGCCCUCGAUACACUCUCAGCAUACAUCAGAGGUACACGCAGUCAGAUCUAUUAGGGGACCUGCAUCCGACCCAAGACGCCUUCAUCGUCCUCCCUUUCGUGGUAAAAGAGUCGCAUACGUCUAUGAGACGGUGGCCAGAAAAACAGAAGUCUCUUCUGUGGGCCCAGAAUUCGAGGCCACGGCGUCAAACCAAGAUUAGUAUACCCUACGAUGUCCUGGAUAAAGUGGUAUAUCACGUCUUUGUUGGUCACCGAGGAGACUUGUUGAAGCUAUGCCGAGUCUGCAUAGUCGCAUACUUUGCUUGCAUCCCCUGGAUUUACAGGAUCAUUACGAUCGAUUUCUCAGAUCACCUAGGGCGCGUCCUGCUCCAACGGCUAUCCAAGGUUUAUUCCAAUUUACCAGUAUUCGUGCGAACUAUAGCACUGAAGAGCUGUGACCAGGCCACUACAGCUGAAUGGAGGUUGCUGGACAAAACCUUGGCACAGGUUACAAGACUACAGGAAUUAUCCUGGGAUGACUAUGCAGCACUCCCAGAGUUCGUGCUCGACAGUAUACACUUCCACCACCCAAAAUCUAGAAUCAGGACAAGGGUGACUCAGAUGUUUGCUGGGCAAAUCGCAAGUACAAGUCGAUUGCCUCCCACACGGUACUUCUUUACUAGUCCGGUCCUCGAACAUCUAACAUCAUUUGAUUUCUCUGCCCAGAGCAAUGCCCUUUUGUACGACGACUUCAAAGGCGACCUAGUCGAUCUCCUCAAAAGUGCCCCGAACUUGGGCGUUUUGCGCAUAUACCGUGGGCCGGUUGAAAAUGACGGAAGGAAGUUCUUCCCUGAGCUGUUAUCACGGUUCAGAACCCCUCGUCUUCCGCAGUUGGAGGUGCUCUACCUCACAAUCAGAUCAGUCAUCUUCACGAGAAUGGAGCUUAAUGCAUGGGGUGUGCAAGAUGGAUGGUCUAAGCUGCAGUACCUGAUGCUUUCUCGCGCUACGGAUCUCAUACCUUUUAUCUCUCGGGUGCCACGGCUCACCUAUCUGAAUAUCCUUGCAGACAAAGGGGAAGGAAUGGAAGAACUCACGGAGCACCUCGAACCGUGCACAGGCGCACCUCUCGGCAGGGUCAGAACGCUGGUGUAUAAUCAUUUCAUGGAUGCUGACGAUCAGUCAAAUGCAAGAAUCAUGCACGCGCUGCCUUGGUCCAUCCUGGAUAAAACUGCGCGAACACUGACCAAGUAUACUUCAUGGCACCAACCCUACGAGGUCUUCUGGCCAGGCUUUGCUAUGCCGAAUCUCUUCGACCUUGGUCUUUUUCCUGGAAAAUCUCCUGCGUUGACGGAUCUGACGCUGGAUAUUUGCGUUUUAUAUAAUCUCUGGCCACGCGAAGUCCUUAGGCAGCUGGCAGCUUUCCAGAAUGUCAGGAGAUUAAGGCUGUACGUACAUCAGCCCAUGCAGCCUGGCCUAGACAACUUUCUGGUAGACAUGUUGCAUCAAAACGGAUGGCACCCUGCCGAAGAUUUAGACUUCAGAGGUGCCUUCCAGAUUAUCAUUGCGGCACAAGCAAAGCCCAGCCAUAAACAAAAGCUUCUUGUAGAAUUCAAGCUUGUCCGCGACUACAAGAAUAUGGAAUCCCACAUUCACGAUCCGGAUUGGAGGUUAUAUAUGACCAAAACAGGACACAUUGUCAUAUCCAGACGAAAUACGCGCCAGGAGCCCGAACCCAACAUUUCACCUCGCAAAAAAUACGCCAAUCUGUCAUCGAGAGAACUCAAAAACAGGCAGCAGACCCUGCGGUCGUUAAUAGAUAUAGGCCAUCGGGUUCAAAACAGCCGUGAGAUGAAGAAGCUUGAUGAUGAUUGGGUGGAUAUUAUCAUUGAGAUCACGCGUCGCAAUAAGAUUGCAAUUCUAGAGAAGAAGUAUGGAGAUGCGACGUUCACGCUGUAUGAUAAAUGGACAGCCAAGAAUAAGAUAUACCCUUACGUGGGAUCUCUACCAGCCACGCAUUCGGUAUUGGCAUGUUUGUUUCGGAGCGUAUCUGUUUAGACAGAAGCGAGACACGAUCAAAACAUGGAACACAAAGUCUCACCCACUUCGGAGACAAGAACAAUGCCAUGAAAUGUUUUGCAACUUAUCUGCAUGAAUCAAAGAAUAUGGCUUGAGACAAAUGGCAAUCGAAGUCCAA